CGCAGCGCCUCAGCACACCACAUUCCCCGCUUCUCCUUCUCCUCGCAGGUCCUCCCAGCUCAACGCAAACAUUAAGCGAGCUGCUUGGCUUUGCUGCUCAGCGGGGCCUUUCACUCCACACCGGACGGGCUUUCUCCCCGUUUCCCCGUCUCUACGAAGAAACAGCGUCUGACCCUGACUCAGCAUCUUUAGGUCCGAUCAAUGUUAGUGCUCUCACCAUGGCAACCGAAGACAAGAAGCCAGAGACCGACACCAAGCCUCCAGUCGUCCCGUCAGCGUCCGCCAGCCAAAGCAAGUCGGCGCCCGCCAAGCCCAACUACAGCCUGAAGUUCACGCUGGCGGGACACACCAAGGCCGUGUCCUCCGUCAAGUUCAGCCCGAGCGGGGAGUGGCUCGCCAGCUCCUCCGCCGAUAAACUCAUAAAAAUCUGGGGCGCGUACGACGGCAAGUUUGAGAAGACCAUAUCUGGACACAAGCUGGGCAUCUCUGACGUGGCCUGGUCCUCCGACUCCAACCUCCUGGUGUCGGCGUCUGACGACAAGACCCUGAAGAUCUGGGACGUCAACUCGGGGAAGUGCCUAAAAACCCUGAAAGGCCACAGCAACUACGUCUUCUGCUGCAACUUCAACCCCCAGUCCAACCUCAUCGUGUCGGGAUCGUUCGACGAGAGCGUGAGGAUAUGGGACGUGAAGACGGGCAAGUGUCUGAAAACGCUGCCGGCUCACUCCGACCCCGUCUCCGCGGUUCACUUCAACCGGGACGGCUCUCUGAUCGUGUCCAGCAGCUACGACGGCCUCUGCCGGAUCUGGGACACGGCGUCGGGGCAGUGUUUAAAAACGCUGAUCGACGACGACAAUCCGCCGGUGUCCUUUGUGAAGUUUUCUCCCAAUGGCAAAUACAUCCUGGCUGCCACACUGGAUAACACGCUGAAGCUGUGGGACUACAGCAAAGGAAAGUGCUUGAAGACGUACACGGGCCAUAAAAACGAGAAGUACUGCAUUUUCGCCAAUUUCUCCGUCACCGGUGGGAAGUGGAUCGUGUCGGGCUCAGAGGACAACAUGGUUUACAUCUGGAACCUGCAGACGAAGGAGAUCGUGCAGAAACUCCAGGGCCACACAGACGUCGUCAUUUCCACCGCCUGCCACCCGACAGAGAACAUCAUCGCAUCCGCCGCUCUAGAAAACGACAAAACCAUCAAGCUAUGGAAAAGCGACUGCUAAUUCUCUUAUUUUUGGAAUACUUUUGGCAUAUUCACCUUUCUAUAUAUAUGUUUUUUGUUUUUUUUCUACAUUUUGUUGCAAGACAAGAGGAUCCUUUUUUUUAUAUAAAGGAGCUCCUGAUGGAUGCAGAGAACUGGAGGUGAAACUGAGUAAGGAGUAGCAAACCCUUCAACUACACAUCAGCUUUGCAGUGAAAAAUCUUCCUCACAUCCGAUGGUGUCGUUUUAUUCGUCUGUUUAAAAAAUAAAAAAAAUGACCCAAAAGGAGUAAAUCGUGUUAAAGAAACACUCGGCUGUUGCAGUGUUUUUUUUCGCCUCUCUGCUUCACGACGGCUGCUGUCCAAUAAAUGUUGUCACCGGGCCUCCGCGCCGUUCCUGUUGUCUUUCUACUUUGUCUGUGUGGACGUGAAGUACCGUUUAAAACCAGAGCGUAUUUACAUUAAGCUUUAGCCUUAAUGAAGUAGGAGAAAAAAAAUAAUUACCUUUUUAAA